GAGAGGGGGACUGUUCGGCAGCUGUUGAUGGGAGAUGGAGCACGAAUAAAGGCUCUGGGUGCAAGGCAGACUCAAAUAACUCUUUCAUUCUCUUCUUACAGCCGCACUUGAUAUCAUUCGGUCAAGGGUAUGUGACCGCGAAUAGAAAGCUAAGUAUAUUAAUAAUGUUUGUGGGAGCAGAGGAGAGACGCGCGUUAUGGCGGAUCAAGGCUGUUUGUAGAUAGCUUAUUCUUGUCCAAGAUGCAGACGCACGUGGAAUGACAAUUCGCCUUGGGGUGACAGCGACAGUCAAAGAAGAUGAACGGAUCAAACGGAUGCGCGUUGAUGCUCAUGGUGUCCGCUAUCACCCUCGCUGCCACCGGUGCCCUCGCACCGGCUGCCGCAGAGAUGAACUAUACGGAAAACGGGACCACGGCAGAUAGCGGGUCGGUCCCCGUGGUGCUCACCAAAAUCAGUCAGAUCAUCGCCCGCGAGGGCAAAAGCGCCUUGAUUGACUGCAAUGCCACUGGAGACCCCCUUCCAAAUGUUCAGUGGUUCAACUCUCACGGAAGCUUGUUAGACGCCGAAACAAGCAGCGGGAAGUGGUGGGUCCUAGACAACGGAAUCCUCAACAUCACCAGCAUCACGUUUGCCGACCGCGGCCGGUACACCUGCAUGGCCUCCAACGUGUACGGCAGCACCAACCACACGGUGACGCUGCGCGUGGUCUUCACCAGCGACGACAUGGGCAUCUACUACAUGAUCGUGUGCCUGGUGACCUUCACCAUCAUCAUGGUGCUGAACGUCACCCGCCUGUGCAUGAUGAGCAGCCACCUGAAGAAGACGGAGAAGGCCAUCAACGAGUUCUUCCGCACCGAGGGGGCGGAGAAGCUGCAGAAGGCCUUCGAGAUCGCCAAGCGCAUCCCCAUCAUCACCUCCGCCAAAACGCUGGAGCUGGCCAAGGUCACGCAGUUCAAGACCAUGGAGUUUGCCCGCUACAUCGAGGAGCUGGCACGGAGCAUACCCCUCCCGCCCCUCAUCAUGAACUGCCGCACCUUCAUGGAGGAGAUCCUGGAGGUGGUGGGCGUGGAGGAGAUGAGGCACACCUUUGUGCGGCAGGCCCCCGAGAGCCAGGACGCGGCGUGCGCCGGCGACGCGGACGUCUACACCAUCCUCCGCGAGCGCGAGCGCAGCGGCUCCCCCGCCGCCGACUCGGACGACGCGUCGCUUCAGGAGCACCCCCAGCACAUUGCCAUCCAGGUGUCGGUGCACCCCCCGCUGGCGGACGGCGGGUACUGCGGCAUUGAGUCCUCUGUGCCGGAGGCUACGCUGAAGGCGCUGUCCUCCGGCCUGCCACCUCCCGCAACAGCUCCGCUGCGCAUGGAGGCGGAGCCACAGGACACGCCCCCGGAGCAGGGGAAGGAGGCGGAGCCAGGAGAGGGAAAUAUCAAACCAGCCCAGGUCAUCUACGAAAGCCAUGUGUAAAUUUUCUUUUUCCAACUAAGAAUCAAUUUCCUAUGCAUUUUCAAAAAUGAAAAAAAAAAAGAUCAAGAACACAAUAACAGGGUUUCCAGGCAGAAUUUUUCAAAUGGCUAGACCAAUUCAGCAUUUUUUUGGGGUGGAGGGGCAUUGUACUACGUGUGACAGGGUUGUGGUAAGCUCUGCUCAAAGAAUUGCAUCCUCCUAAUUUAAUGCAGAUCUGCAGUUUGAUUUUUUUCAUGUUGAAUGUAUGUGGCUAACCCUUAAUGAUGUCAAAAAAUAUCUGAACUGUAAAAAAAUGCCUUUAUUCAUGAAAGCUAAAGGAUUGUCCUCUGUUCCAGGGUCAUUUAUGAACAAAUAUAUGAAUAUUAACUAAACAUGAAUGUGCAUAAAGCGCAAACUCCCCUGUGGAAGCUCUCCUAUCAUUUUAUUGUUAUUAUUGUUGUUGUUAUUAUUAUUAUUAUUAUUAUCAUUAUCAUCAUUAUCCUCACCCAGGUUUGUUGAAUGCCCAACUAGAUCUUGUGUUUAGUGGUUUUCUUGCCUUCAAAGAUCGAUGUACUGUAUAGGAAGUGAGAAUGUAAGCCUAUUUAUUUUAUAUAAGGAUCUCUUUGAAAACAUUUUGCUUUCUCACUCUUUUUUUUUUUUUUUUUUUUUUUUUUCUUCUUCAUCACCUCCCCACCUCCACAAAGCUCUGUACUGUUGCAUGCGACUUCAUUGGUUCCAGUGCUCAGCUGACCUCCCUUUGGAUUUUUGAACCUUCUUUCUGUAUUGUCUGGCGGGGUUGUUAUCAUCCAGUGCUGCGCUGAAACUUGAAAUGGCUCUUUUGUAGUGAAAUAAACUGUCUGCUGUUA